UUCUAUCCCACUCUUCACUAUUGUACACAAUGCGGAUCUGCACUGUGAGAAGCUUCCUGACCUGCACAUUAGCAGCACUGGCUGUAGUUGGCAUAUCUAGCUCGCUAGAUAUAGCUACCGAAGACAACGAGCUAGUGACUGAUACUGAUAUGCCAGAAACACCUAUGCCAGCGAGCAUACAGCCAACUGAUUUUACAGAUCCUGCAGAAUCCUAUAGCACUAGCGACUCCCAGGGGUUGUCAUUCCGCAAUAUGAGUGUCGAAGACAUGCCUGUCGAUGAGUGGACAUUCACGAAGACACUUGGCAAGGAAGAAGCCAAGCGGCAGCUUGAGGACCACUGGAACACGCCGAUGCCGGAAUCAACUGGAUCCGGAUCCCCAUACGGCUAUUGGGCAUUCAACCUUACUAGCGAGGAGCCGUACGUGGACGGCCAGAUACCCUAUAUCGAGCGCAUUCUGGGGUGGGCACGUGAAAUUGGACUCAAGGUCGAACUAGACUUGCAUGGUGCACCAGGAUCCCAGAACGGCUAUGACAACUCGGGUCGUCGCGGCACGCCAGAGUGGCUACUGUCGCGCACGAAUAUCGACCGGACACUGGACGCAUUGACCAAGAUGACUAGCAUGGUGCUGGACUGGGACGAUGUGGUGUACGGGAUCCAGAUAUUGAAUGAGCCAUCACGCUGGAAAUGGAAGCGUAUGAUCUGGUGCGCAGUCAUUGCUCCCAAUGUCUAUUUUAUGAUCCACGACACGUUCCUGGGACCCAAUGAUUGGGGCACGCUCGUCAGCUCGAACUGGACCAACACCUUGAUGGACACACAUAUCUACCAGAUGUUCGACAACUACAUGGUCACAAUUAACGAGACCGCGCAUAUCAACAUGGUCGCAGAGAUGGCGCAGAAUGUGACAAAGUUCGACCGCGGCAACACACGCGUCGUUGUCGGCGAGUUCUCGGCAGCAACGCACGACUGCACAAAGUACAUCAAUGGGCUUGGCCGCGGCAGUCGCUGGGAGGGAACUCUGGAGGGCGUCGACCACCCGCUGUGCCCAUUCAAGCAAUGCUCAUGCACUGGCGACUACGGGUCAGACUACAAGGAGUUUUCAGAGAGCUACAAGGCAUUCCUGAAGGGAUACGUCGACGCACAGCUGGCUAUCUAUGACGGCGAAUUGAUGGGCUGGUUCUACUGGAACUUCCGCACUGAGGAAGCGCCCGAGUGGGACUACCUGCUGGGAGUCGAUCAAGGCUGGAUUCCAAAGUUCCCUCGCACAGCCUACCCAAUGGUGCCAGCAUAUGUUCCUGAAGAGGACUCCGAGCAGAACACCCGCGAGGAGAACGGUUCUGCAAAUUCAGCUGCGUCAGUGCUCGGCAGCCUAUCCCGGCUACACCUUGAAGUGUGAGGCACUUCGUUGCCUUGCUUGUAUUGGCGAUUGCUUUCCAUUAACUCUUUUCAUUUGCGUGCGCUUUCCUCAAUUUCUACUUGGCCAGUUUGCAAC